AUGCUUUUCAUUCUCUUUCUACAGCUGCAUAGUCCUCUCUCUCCAAUCUCUCCUCACUCUUCUCUCUCCAAUCUCUCCUCACUCUUUUCUCUCCACUCUCUCCUCGCUCUUUUCCCUCCACUCACUCUCCUCAGACUCGCAGGUUUGGCGUUUCUCUUCUCAGUGGGCAUCGGCUUGCAGCUGCUGGGAUGUGUUCUCUACAACAACUGGUGGCCAAUGCUCUCAGCGCUCAUGUACCUGAUACUGCCCAUGCCAUGCCUGUUCUUUUCUACUGGUGACUCCUCCGACUUCUUUCUCAUGGGCACGGAUAACGAAUGGCAAGAUGCAGCCAAGUUCCUCACUGGCUUUUCUUCGAUUGGCAGUGUUGCAAUCCCCUUCAUCCUCCACCACGGUCAUCUCAUAACUCUUGGAGCCACUCUCUUCACACUUGCGGCCUUCAUUGUGCUCAGCGGCACUCUAGUCCUUUUUAUUCGGGUGUCUAUGGAUGAUGGCCCCUCUUGGAGUGGGUAUUAG